UGAGCGAGCGUGCAUCGAAGAGACCCCGUAUUGAUACAACAGCUACCAUUUGUCAAAAACUAAUAUCUAAAUUUGAAACGAUCCCAACCCGUGCAGAUCAACUCGAACCUUUAAUAAAUUCACAACUUCUUUGCAAGCUGCCAGCGUCCAGGAACGAGGAGGAAAAGGACUCCGAACUUGUGGGAUUGAUCUAUACAAAUGAAGACGACCGUUAUGGUGAUUUGGCUUACCAUAUUUCUGUAGCGCUAUGUAAACAGUUUAACGACAAUGUCUCGGACAUUGAAAGUGAGGAUGAUGUGCACCACGUCAUAGAUUGUCUGAUCAAAGAUACAUUCCGUCUGUUUAAUCGUAAUGCUGUGCCUGGGAGUCUAGAUCUUAUGAUUUGUCGUAACACUGUAGAUAGGGGGGUGACGACCAUGACAGUAGGUACUUGUCGGCCAGAUUUCCUUGUUCACAAUAAAAACGUUCUUGUACUCAAGGGCGAGGAGAAGGCUACUCCGAAUAUGUUUCAAGAUGCUUUGGGUGACCUCACGAAUAAGUUCGAUAAGCUCGAUCCUCUUUUUUUUGGCGAUCAACAAUUUCUUAUCUGUUAUGCUGUGGCUGGAUGGAAAAUCGGCUUCUAUGCUAUUGACGGUACACCAGAGGCCGCGUCGAAACCUAGUCGUUUAGUCACUCUGUCACCUCAAUUCGACCUCCGGAAAGUCACAGAUCGGAUCACUGUUAUUUCUGUGGUCAUCAAUAUAUUGCGAAUUUUGGUGACAAUAGGACCUUCUCUUUCUAAUGAUGUUAUUCCUCUCUAUUUACCAAUUCAACAAGAUUCGGGCUCAACAAUUACAUUUAAUGACGACUCAGUCGUAAAGGAGCUUAGUUUCAAAUACCUUCCAUAUGUUGAUGGCAGUUUGAAAGAGCGUAUUGCAUUUCUAACAGAAAUGUAUGAUCAUGCAAAGGGAUGUUUGAGUCUUGUUCAGCUUGCAAAGGCACCUAUCAAAAGUCGCUUGACAUACAGAUUGAUUAUGACUACGCGUGGCAUUCGAAGGUUACCGUGUAAUGAGACUGAGUUACGUUCGAUGGCAAGAAGCUUACUUGUUGGGCUGGACUGUCUGCACAGCGGCAAUUAUGUGCAUCGCGAUAUUCGAGAACCCAAUGUCCUGUUUGUGCCUGAAAACCCUGCUGGUUCGAAAUAUGUACUCAUAGACUUCGAACAUGGUGGUAAAGCUAAUGAGAAGAUGAAUGAACGACUAAGUGGUUGGGAUCAUAGGACCCUUUCCAACAGCAAAUAUACUACGUUGUCUGACAUAUACCAGUUGGGGAAACUGAUAGAAAGGCUUAUACUGCACUUUCGAAUGCCAAUUUCAGAUAAUGGAAAGACUUUUGUGAUGACGUUGAAGGAGAAAAAAAUGAAUGCUAAACAGGCGCUUCAACACGCAUGGAUCACAGAUACAAACUUUCAAUAA